AUGGAUCCCAAUUCAGUGGAGGGCCUGGAGGCGGAGCUGAAGGCGAAUCCCUUUGAUCCAAACAGCUUUGCUCGUCCUGAUCAGGCUAAAGUCACUCACCUUCAUCUCAAGCUUGCAGUCGACUUUACCAAGCACAUUCUCGCCGGUCAUGUUCUUCUCGACGUUGACCGAGUGGCCGCCAACGCCUCCAAGCUCCUGCUCGACACUGUCGAUCUGAAGAUUUUCGACAUUAAGCUAGUCUCCGGCGGAAAGACCACUUCGCUGAACUUCACCCACCACAAGUCGGUGCCAGAGUUUGGUGCCAAGCUGGAGGUGGACAUCUCGAAAGCGACGGAAAAGAAAAUUCAGAUUGAGGUGCUCUACGAGACGGUGCCCAGCGCUCGAGCGCUUCAGUGGCUCGCACCGGAGCAGACCGACGGAAAGAAGUACCCGUUUGUGUUCUCGCAGAACGAGGCCAUCAACGCCCGAAGCAUGGUGCCCUGCCAGGAUACGCCCUCGGUAAAGUGCACGUAUACUGCAGAGAUCGAAGCACCCCAGUAUGCUACGGUGCUAAUGAGCGCCAAGAUCAGCAAGCCACCAACUGCUGCUGCGGGAAAAGCCGACCACCAUGUGCACCACUUCAACCAGUCGGUUCCCAUUCCCAGCUACCUGAUUGCUCUGGUCGCCGGCGACCUCGUUUCUCAGAAGCUCGGACCGCGCUCGCACGUCUGGUCGGAGCGGGGGCUCAUCAACCGCUCCGCCUGGGAGUUUGAGCAGGUGGACAUGAUCCUGAAGACGGCCGAAUCGAUCGCCGGCCCGUACGUCUUUGAGGUGUACGACCUGCUCAUUCUCCCGCCCAGCUUUCCCUUUGGCGGCAUGGAGAACCCCUGUCUGACCUUUGUCACGCCGACGCUGCUCGCCGGCGAUCGAUCGCUCGUUUACGUUGUGGCGCACGAGAUAGCGCACUCCUGGACCGGUAACCUGGUGACGAACGCCAACUUUGAGCACUUCUGGCUGAAUGAAGGCUUCACCACCUUUCUGGAGCGCAAGAUUGCCGGCAAGAUUGGCCAGGGCGAGCCGACGCGCCACUUUAACGCUCUCGAGGGCCUGAAGGACCUGAAGGAGACGAUCAAGGCGAUGGGCGAGAAGAACCAGCUGACGCGCCUGGUGACCGACCUGCGCGGCGUCAACCCUGAUGACGCCUUCUCCGUGGUGCCCUAUGAAAAGGGGCACAGUUUUCUCUUUUACCUGGAGCAGCUGCUCGGCGGGCCGACCGUCUUUGAGCCAUUUUUGCGUGCCUACAUUCAGCACUACAAGUACCAGUCGAUCAAGACGGAGGACUUUAAGCGCUUCCUCGUGGAGUACUUCAGCAAGACGGAGGAGGGCAAGAAGAAGGUGGCGGCCAUCAACUGGGACGGCUGGCUGAACACGCCCGGGCUGCCGCUGGUGAUGCCGCAGUACGACACUUCGCUGCUCAACGUCAGCGUCCACCUCGCCGAGAAGUGGGUGCAGGUGCCCGAGGAGCAGAUCAAGACGGGAAAUGGCCCCUUCAACUUUGAGGAGUUUCACGCCCUGACCUCCGGCCAGAAGAAGCUCUUUCUGAUUGAGCUGGACGAGCGAACGGAGGGCAAGCGGUUGUCGGCGACCAAGCUGGAGCGCCUCACCGCCGUGUACAAGCUUCGAGAGGAGAAGAACGCCGAG